GCAACAUUGAAGUAUUAAUGUCAAAAUCGUGAACAACGACGCCGUGUCGUCUUUGCUUGUUUUCUUUGCAAUUAUAUAGUUUGAGACCAGAUUAAAUAAAUAUCUAAACGAUAUCUGAGUAUUUUUGUGACUAAUACUAUAAGUUAGUGUAUCAUCAUGGCAACGAUAGGUCCAAAGAAGGAUGGAGGGCCUAAUAUCGAAUUUUUUCAGUCACCGGAAUCUCUAACACAAUUUGACCAAAUCCGCGUUUGGUUACAGAAAAAUUGCAAGAAGCAUGUGCAGACAGAUCCGCCAACGAAAGAAGGCUUGGCCCAGCUAGUUAUACAGCUUAUUCAGUAUCAAGAGAAUAAAUUAGGAAAAAAUGCUUCAGAUCCUCCAUUUUUGAGGGUUCCGAUGAAAGUUUUUAUGGACAUGAAGCCAGGCGGGUCCCUGUGUACGGUGCUCGCCACCAUGUUCCGCUUCAAGUCGGAGCAGCGGUGGCGCAAGUUCGACUUCCAGGUCGGUAAGAAUCCUUCGCGUAAGGACCUGAACGUGCAGAUGAUGAUGGAGAUCGAGUACUCGUUGCUCGGAGCUGAAGUCAUCCGCGCGCCCUGUGUCUUUAUACGACCUGAUGUCGACAAGGCCACCGCGAACAAAGUCAAGGAUAUUGUUGGUAAUCAUCAAGGAGAGAUAUGCGAGGACGAAGAGGACGCGACCCACAUCAUAUACCCAACGGUGGACCCUCUGGAGGAGGAGUACGCGCGCCCAGUGUUCCGCCGCGGUAACCAUGUCCUCGUUCACUGGUACUACCUGCCCGACAGCCACGAUACGUGGGCACAAGCUGAUCUGCCCGUGGACGUGCCAGAAACAGUGAGUUGGGACUGUACUCGCUCGGAGCCGUGGCGCGUGUCGGCGUCCUGGGCCCUCGACAUGCCGCAGUACAACGAGUGGAUGAACGAAGAGGAUUACGAGGUCGACUCCAAUGGCAAGAAGAAGAUCCACAAGCUACGUCUGUCGGUUGAUGAUCUGAUUCCGGGAGCUGAACCAUCAAGCAAGUCGAAAAAAGGCAGCAAAAGGAAGCGAUCUCCGUCACCACCUCCACAGAAGCAUGGCAAGAGAAAGAGUCGUAUAACCAAACGUCGUGAGAAUGAUGUCGAUGAAGAAGAAGAUAAUGCGUCCCGAGAUAACACUGAUGCUGUGCCCACUCCAGAGAAUGAAAGAGCUGCCGAGACGAGCGCAGCGAGUACGGGCGCGGCGGGCGGGUCGGGCGGCGGCGCGGCGCCGGAGACGGGCGCGAGCGAGGCCCCCGCCACGCCGGCGCCGCCGCUGGACGCGCACGACGACUCGCAGGGCAAGCACAGCGACUCCAACACGCAGGAAAUGCUAACAAAAGAAGAGUUAGAGGACAACGUGACAGACCAGACGCACCACAUAGUCGUGCCCUCGUACUCCGCCUGGUUCGACUACAACUCCAUACACACCAUCGAGAAGCGCGCCCUGCCAGAGUUCUUCAACGGAAAGAACAAAUCCAAGACUCCUGAGAUAUAUCUCGCUUACAGAAACUUCAUGAUCGAUACGUACCGCCUGAACCCGACGGAGUACCUGACGAGCACGGCGUGUCGCCGCAACCUGGCCGGCGAUGUCUGCGCCAUCAUGCGGGUACACGGCUUCCUCGAGCAGUGGGGACUCAUCAACUACCAGUUGGAAGCGGAAUCUCGUCCGACGGCGAUGGGUCCUCCCCCUACUUCUCACUUCCACGUACUGUCGGACACACCAUCCGGCCUGCAACCUCUCGUCACGCGGCCCACUCAGCCUAGACCCGCGGAGAAUGUCCCGAAGGUGGAGCCUGGACUCCCCAACGGUGCGGAGGCCGGGGCUGGGGCGGCGCCCCCCGCCGCGCCCAUCAAGCCUGAACCGGCACUCGAACUCGGAACCGCGCCCGGACUCAAACUCGACCAGUACGGUCGCGAGGGGUCGGGCGCGCGGUCCCGCGCCUGGACGGAGCAGGAGACGCUGUCGCUGCUGGAGGCGCUGGAGCUGCACCGCGACGACUGGAACCGCGUCGCCGCGCAUGUCGGCUCCAGGACGCAGGACGAGUGCAUACUGCACUUCCUGCGGUUGCCCAUCGAGGAGCCCUAUCUGCACGACGCCACCGCUGGUGGCGUGCUAGGACCCCUCGCCUACCAGCCCAUUCCGUUCAGCAAGACUGGCAACCCAGUGAUGAGUACCGUGGCCUUCCUGGCCUCAGUCGUGGACCCGCGCAUUGCCUCACGAGCCACCAAGGCGGCUAUGGAGGAGUUCGCAGCUAUUAAGGACGAGGUGCCGGCGGCCAUGAUGGAGGCGCACGUGAAGGCGGCGGGGGCGCACGGGCCGGCCGCCGCGCUCGCCGCCACCGGCAUCGCAGGCACCGCGCCGGACCUCUCGCCCACUGCUGAGGCGAAGAAGGAGGGAUCAUCAGACAUUAAACCAGAGCCUAUGGAGGUUGAGGAGGGCGAGGCCAAGGUCAAGGACGAGCCGCAGGAGGCACCCGCCGCUCCGGAACCUGAGAAGGAACCCAAGGAAGAACCUGCAGCACAAACUGGUGCAGAAAAAACAGAAGGCCCAACGACAGUGGACGCUAAGCUCCAGUCAGCGGCCGCCGCAGCGCUGGCCGCCGCCGCAGUGAAAGCCAAGCAUCUCGCUGGAGUCGAGGAGAGGAAGAUCAAGUCACUCGUCGCUCUACUGGUCGAGACGCAGAUGAAGAAGCUGGAGAUCAAAUUACGACACUUUGAGGAACUUGAAGCGACGAUGGAGAGGGAACGUGAAGGUUUGGAGUACCAACGACAGCAACUAAUCCAGGAGCGACAACAGUUCCACUUGGAGCAGCUCAAGGCCGCGGAGUUCCGUGCCAGGCAUCAAGCACAUCAGAGGUUACAAGCAGAGAGUGGUGCAGCGGGUGCAGUCCCAGGCGUGGGCGGCGCCGUGGGCGUGGGCGUGGGCGGGCCGGCGGGGGCGCAGGCCGGGGUGCCGGCCGCGGCGCCCGAGCCCGCGCCGGAGCCUGCGCCCCCCGCGCACGCCUAGCCGCGCUCCCUCUACACAUACCCUAGCCCUUAAGCAUAUAUUAGCAUAAGUAGACUUCAACUUUAUUGUAUAGAGUUACAUGUCAACGAGUGAUCUGUAUGAACGCGAGCCUCGGAUGUGGUGUCAGAUCGAUGUAGUAAAGUAUUCUUAAUUAUUUAAUUGUAAGUGUACGUGUAGGAGCAUAUCGCCGCUAUCAAAUAAAACACAUCGGGUCAUAAUGCCAUUGUUUCAGUUGACGCCGUCAUUUUGCCCCGCUUUAUCGAACCCGCUAACUGUUUACGUUCAUUUUUCUUGUCUGAAAAAAAUCGUAUCUUUUUAUUGCUUUGAUAUUUUGCAAACUUUUCAUUCACAGUUGUACAGAAAACAAUCUAAGGUGCAGUAGUGCACGGAUAUACCGCAAAUGAAUGUAUAUUAAUUUAAAUAUUCAGAUCUAAAUAAAUAAUGUUUUUGAUAAUUGUUUUGACUUGUAUAAUUUGGCAACCGACCGCCGCUGAAACACAGGAGGUUCAGGAAACUCAGCAAUAUUAUAGGAUUUCUAUGGUAAGUACUUGACAAACUUGUUACACUAAAAAUGUUUUUCAAGAGGGUAAU